AUGGCGAGAGAGACUAGCGUAGUAACCCCGGAGAGGUAUUCACAGGGCUUCGACUACCUGGCCUACAUGAACGAGAUCAAGGUAAACAAGGCGCGUUUUGAGGGUUUCUAUGAGGCAUCCAUUCUCUCAGAUGAGGACGUGCGGGCCCUGAAGGACCUGGUGUCGCGGGAGAAUGGCCCCAAGAAGAUGCUGGUGCUGGGCGAGGACUGGUGUGGCGACGUGAUCCGCGGGAUGCCGGUUCUGGCGCGCAUAUGCGAGGCAUCCGGCAUGGAGAUGCGCAUCUUCCCACGCGACACGCACCACGACAUCAUGAACGAGUUCCUGAAAGAGGGACAGUGGAUGUCGAUACCGGUGGCCGUCUUCUACACCGGCGACCAUGAUUACAUCUGCCACUGGAUCGAGCGUCCGGCAGUCGCCGAGAGGGAGAUGCACCAGAUCGAGGUCGACAUUCGCGCUGAGAACCCAGAUAUCGACGACCAGGCCUUCGGACGGGAGCGGCGCGCCCGCACCGCUGCCAAGGCCGACGAGUGGAUCGCUGCCACCGUUGUGGAAAUCAGGGAGUUGCUGGAGAAAAGCGUCGGCUAUCCGUCCCCACUCCCCUGA